AUGUGCAGCGGACCCCAGGCUGCCAUGGAGCAGGAGAUUGAAGACCUGAGCCAGUGGCCGGUUGCACACCCGUCUACCCAGAAAGUGCCUGUGGGCCUGCGCAGUAGGCAGCUGAAAAAUUCUGAAGAGAUCUUCCCUGGAGCUAUAGAUUUAAGGGGUAAUGAGAAAUUAAUAUCCUUGGACAUGACUCCAGCAUCUGGAAACAGUGGAGAACUCACCUUUUGGAACCAUGGUGUACCUGGCAUUCAACACUUUACUGGGGGAAGAGAGAUAUCGAGGAGCCCCUGGGUGUCUGCUGAGGCACUAAGGCAGAAUGUGAAUGAAGUGGGGCCACGGUUCAGUACGACACUCCACGAGCCUGGCAUGGGCUACUGUCCCCAAGCCACUCCUACUCAUUCCCCAAUGACUUACUGCCAGGGAGUGUCUCCCUCCCAGCCAGAGAUGAUGGUUUUCAAGGGGACCCCGAUGAUGCCCUUAGGAGUGCCCAAUGUUACAGGAGUGGCCAUGACCUUCACUGGGCAUCUAAGGAUGUCUUCCACUGGGUUGCCAGUCUCAAAUUCCAGUGGAAGAAUGCCUAUGAUGUCCCAUAUGGGGGCCCCAGGAAUGCCUUAUUCUGAACCCUCAACAGCACCUUCUAACAGAGCCUCUUUAACACCUGAGAUAUUAUUGGCACCAACCACACCUGCCACUGAGGUCAUGGCUGUGCUGCCUUCUCUGGAGCAGAUGUUGCCCCCCAGAGAUCCCCAUAACCAUGGGAUAUCCCCAGCUGAGACCCAAUCAUUGCUGGCAUUAGAAUCUCAGGACUCUAUUAUGAGUCAGCCAGACUCUCAGGCUGGCUCCUUCCUGCCUGAGCAGCCCUACCCUGCUCCACAGAAAGCAGAGCCAAACUCUGGGGCCCAGGAAGGGGUAUACAGAUGCAGGUCCUCAGCUCCAAGACCUUACCGCUGCCCAUACGAGAACUGUGGAAAAGCUUAUACCAAGCGCUCCCACCUUGUGACUCACCAGCGCAAACAUACAGGUGAGAGGCCCUACAAAUGCUCUUGGGAAGGCUGCAUCUUGGCUUUUUACCGUUCUGAUGAGCUUGCACGACAUACGCGGAUACACACCAGAUAUCGACCAUAUAAAUGUGAUCACUGUGGCCGAAAAUUCAUGAGAUCUGACCAUCUCAGGCAACACCGAAAAAUUCAUCAGCAGAGGCCAGGACCCUCAGACCCACAGGUCCAUGAGAGAGAGAUGGGUGGUCCUCCCCCAGAUCCUGCCUGCUUCUGA